CAUUUGUCACUCCUUUACGUCAGCUGCCGUAAAGCGUCUAACUCUGCUACUUUGUAGAAUGAUUGCCUGAAGCGGUCCUAUCCCAGUUACACUUAAUAUUCUCCUUUUUCUCCCCUCCAAAAGGCUCAUCACGUCUCAGACGCGUAUUUUUCCCCCAUUUGGUUUCCUCCUGUGCUGCGGGGAAGCGACGAGAGCCCGCGGAAGAAGCGCUGCUUUUAGCCAGUCAUCGCCAUGGCCUCCGACAGCGGCGACAGCAACCUGGACCUGGAGAUGAUUCUAGCUGACUUUCAGGCUUGCACUGGGAUCGACAACAUUGCAGAGGCAAUCACCCUGUUAGAGCUUAAUAACUGGGAUUUAGUGGCAGCCAUCAAUGGAGUGAUACCACAGGAGAAUGGCAUCUUGCAAAGCAACUUUUCAAGUGACACGAGCCAGGCCAGCAUGUAUGGACCUCACAGCCAAUCAGACGCAGCCGACGACGUAGCCGAAGGAGCGGUUCCUUCACAGUCCUCUUUGUCAUCAUCCCCGCCGUCAUUGUCUUCCUCCACGUCCACGUUUUGCCCCAGCACACCUUUCUCCCGACACAUUGUUGAGCGACUGCCUCGGAUGCUCAACAUCAGGGUGGAGUACCGGCAACGCACUGUGGAGCUGGUGCUGGAGGAAGGCAGCACAGUUGGUGAAAUCAAACAAAUCCUUGAGGGAGAGUUUGGAGUUCCUGUAUCCAAAAUGCAGCUAAAAGGAUGGAAGAGUGGCGACGUGUCUGAUAGUACGGUGCUACGAAGUUUGCACCUGCCCAGGAACAUCAGCCUGUAUGUCCUGACCCCAGACAUCGCCCCCACUGCCAGCACCAGCAAAAACAGUGCUCUCCCAGACUCGCUAAAUCAGAACUUCCUACUGGUCAUCAAUCAUCAAGAGGCCCAGAGGGAUUACAACCUCAACUUCCCUGGUUCUAGAACCAUACAAGAGGUGAAGAGGAACGUUUCAGACUUAACCAACAUCCCAGUACGGCAUCAACAGUGGGAAGGGUGGCCGGCAUCAGCCUCAGAUGACUCUAUGACGCUAGCUGCCUCUGGGAUCAGCUAUCCCUGCCAUCACCUCACUGUUUGUCGAAGGUCGUCCUCAACCAAUGCCCAGGAGCCCACGGAAGGGUGUUCAGAUGUCCACAUGAUAAGCGACAGUGAGGGGGAAGAUUUCGAAGAUGCUUCUGAGUUCAGUGUGGAUGAUACAGAGAUGUUCGGAACGGGCUCCUCGAGCAGUCGGAAAACGCCGAUGAUGCCAGAGAAUAGUGAAAAUGAAGCUGAUGCCUUAAUGCACUUUACUGCUGAAUUUUCUUCAAGGUAUGGAGAAAAUCACCCAAUGUUCUUCAUUGGAUCUUUGGAGGCAGCAUCUCAAGAGUCCUUUUAUGGAAAAGCAAGAGAGAGAAAGCUGCUGGCUAUCUACCUCCACCACGACGACAGUGUCCUCAGCAAUGUCUUCUGUUCCCAAAUGAUGUGUGCUGACUCCAUUAUCUCCUACUUGAGCCAAAACUUCAUCACAUGGGCCUGGGAUGUUACUAAAGAAGCCAACAAAGCCAGGUUACUUACCAUGUGCACGAGACAUUUUGGCAGUGUGGUGACACAGACUAUACGCACUUACAAGACAGAUCAAUUCCCUCUGCUCCUCAUAGUCAUGGGAAAACGUACCUCCAACGAAGUUCUAAAUGUUAUUCAAGGUAAUACGACAGUGGACGAACUAAUGAUGAGGUUAAUGGGAGCAAUGGAGAUAUUCACAGCACAGCAACAAGAAGACAUUAAAGACGAGGACGAGCGUGAAGCAAGAGAAAUGGUGAAGAGGGAACAGGACGAGGCCUACCGUCUGUCUCUAGAGGCUGACCGAAAGAAGAGGGAAGCUCAAGAGCGAGAAGAGGCUGAGCAAGUUCGCUUGGAACAGAUGAGAAAGGAGCAGGAGGAAGAGAAAGAGGCUAUACGUUUGUCACUGGAGCAGACCUUACCCCCAGAGCCUGGCGACGAGUCAGUGGAGCAAAUCAGCAAGUUACGAAUCCGUACGCCCAGUGGCGAGUUUCUGGAAAGGCGCUUCCUGGGCAGCUGUAAACUCCAAGUCCUCUUCAACUUUGUGGCCUCCAAGGGAUACCCCUUCGAGGAGUUCAAGCUCCUCACCACGUUUCCUCGUAGAAAUAUCACCCAGUUGGAUCCAAGUUCAACUCUAUUGGAGGCCAAGUUGUUCCCACAGGAGACUCUCUUCCUGGAGGCCAAAGAGUAAAAAGAGACAGAGUGAACUGUUCGAACACACGAGCACGGGCCCAAAACCCAUGUGGGUCUCCACACAUGCACACACACCUACUGACACGCAUACACAUACAUGGACACACUGGCAUGCACAUGCAGUGACACUUAAGUGCAAGUAAACUUCUCUGCCCUUGGGCUGAUCAUGGUACACUACUGUUUGGUGUAAACAUGUUGCACAGAGGAGCAAAGACAAUAUCACAAGCACACAGCCAACCGAUCCUCCCCCAAAAAGCUACAACUCCUCCUAUCCUAAAUCUUUUGCCCUUCCUCCCUAAGUCUUUUACACACUUCACAUCAUGUGUGUGUCAUCAUGUGGCCCCAAACACAACACAGUGACGGCAUGGAGAUCCCGACUAGACAGACCUAGACCUGUCACAGGAAAACAAACUUGUUCACCCCCGAUGUCCCUAAUUCACCACACUCGAAUCAACUGAGGCUGCUUUUCCUUUGUUACCACGUGGUUUUGCGUUUGAAAGAUUCAAUAAAAGCCAGCGAGAACAGACAAGACCUCUCUUGUCCGCCUGUAUUCCCCAAACCCACCCAUCAUACGCUCCCCUUUGCCAUUCCUCGCCCCCAAAUGUGCUUUUAGCACCCACAUUUUCAUUAGCCUGCUUUGUUUUUUUUACCCUUAAACAUUUUUUAAAUUAUAUACUGUGUCAAAUGUGUGUUACAAACUGACACAUUUUGUCACUAACUCUAUUUACGUUCAGUUCGCAUCUUUUACAACCAUUCAAAAGUGACACAAUUUGCCGGAUAACAUCUGACAUAACAUUUGUCCUCAGCAUUCAUUAAAUUAAUGCUCAUAACAGUGUCAUGUCAUAAUUAUGACGGUCUUAUGAACCCACUGUCAAAGAAAGUUUUACCAGUUGUUUUCCAAGUAAAAGUAAAUUGAGCAUUAAAGGAAAAAAAACGACACUUAAUGUAAAACCUCUUUCUGUUAAAGACGGUUGCUCAAAGUAUUUAAGUAUGCAAGUCAUGUGCGAAUCUUCGACUUCCGAUAAUUUAGAAAAUCAUAUUUAAACACAAUAAUUGACACCAGUUGUGAGCGCAGCUAUUUUGUGACAUCAGUUAUACACACAUAUAGACUUGACCAUCAGUUGACUAGACAGCUCCUACAGACAUUGCACUACACCUUCCCGGAAGGGGCCGACGCAGACAGAGUGUUGAGGUGGCUUUCAUUGUGAUAAACUCAAACACAUUGCGUUCAAACACCGGAUUUAGGUGGAAAAGGACGAACGUUUUACUGCAUACAAGCAGACAGGAGUGUCUCAAGAUUGAUUUGGUCAAGGAUUCAAGGUAAUUAUUACAUAAAAUAGCACCAUGCUUGCACUUUGAAAAGUUGUGAAAAAAAUGAAUGGGGAAAAAAUAGCGUAAGUUAAGCUUGAAAUAUUCACAUAAAAUGAAUGAUAACUGCUUGUUUUUUGCUUUUAACCAAGAAUCUAGACCGUUUUAUGUUCAUAUCUAUAGAAAAUCUGGGAUGUACACUUUUAUUUACAAGAAUUUUCAACUUAAAAAGCUCUUUGUUUUGUGAUGGCUAUCAUUUUGUAUCCAUACACAGUAGCGUUUUUGCCCAUUUUUUUGGGACAAAAUAGUAAUAAUCUAGACAUUUCCGCGUCUAUACAAAAAAAAAAUCUGCAUUUUAUGUGUUUUAUUUGAUGUAACAUUUCAAUCAAAAACGACGAGCCCCAGAUAGCUGACAAGACGUGCUAAGGCAAUCGUAAUAUCGGUAUUCAACUUAAAUAAGUAGAAUAGGUAAUAUUAAGUAAAUAUAGAUUGUAUAUAGAAAAAUGCAAAUUUUGCUUUUGUUGAGUAAAAUUAAGACAAUUCUGCAUGCUUUCGUCAAGUAUUAAAUUUCUGAUGUGAAAUUUGAGUGAUUUAAUUAUAGCUGUUGAAAAGUUGCACUAAAUAAAAAAAAAAUUAUGUUGCUAUUUUGGGCAAAGACUUAUAUGAUAUAUUAAAUAUUGCUAUUGAUCCUGAAAAUCUAGGUGAUUAUCUCUGCAUUUGGUGAUUUUUGUGCAUCUAGCGUAAAAUUUGAGAAUUGUAUAGCCAUUUUAGUUUUGUUAUACUUCUAUAAAAAAAUAAUCCCGAUUUUAUUAGGGAAGACUUUAAAUAUUUUUUAUGUCGCUGCUCAUGGAGACUCAUAUAUGCCUAAGGAAGGUGCCUUUUUUGGUUUCAGGUCGCUAGCGGCUUUGGUUUUGAAAAUAUUCGAACUUGAAGUUUUUGUAAAUAGGCCCCCUAAGGAUCGCCCCAAGCUCCGUGUCCCGUCAACUGAUAGUGAAGUCUAUGACACAGACACAGAUGGACUCGAGCACAGGAAUGUGUGUUAAUGAGUAUUAAUAAUGUCACGAGGAAGGGCGGGCAAUCUAUGACACUCACAUUUGAUUGGCUAAAAUAGUACCAACCAUAAAGCACAUGUCUGCUCCAAGUUGGGCGGCCACUUCCUGGAAAUACUGGCUUUUAUUUUUGUUUUUUUCCCGACUAAACAUUCUUUUUUUUUUCCAAUGUAUUAAACAUUCUUUCAGCUGGGAUGAACAUUACAAGGGUGUUGUCUUUCCGUUUAAAUAUGUAAAUGGUCAACCAAAUUAUGAAAUUUGGUGUAGUGGAAGUACUCUAGCUUAAUGCUUGCAUAUAAUACAAAAAAUUGCAUGUCAUGAAGCAGCAACAUACAGAAAAUGCGUAUAAUACUCACAGGUACAAUAGAAUGCAAAUACUGGUCCUUCGAAAAAAAUUA